ACAAACAGACCCUAGCCGCAACCAACCAGCACCUUCCGACCUCCGUGGACGUCUCACGUGGAGGUCACCGUCCUUUCAUAUUCCUCUUCUUCUCUGUUUAACAUUAUUCGGCGAGUCCAGAAGCCAGAUUCACGUCGAAAUCACAAUCUUCUCUCGAGCUAUUUAUCUGAGUUAUCACGAUGUUCUCCUCAAAAAACAAAAUCCACAAAGAUAAGGAUGCUGAACCCUCAGAAUUUGAGGAGACAGUAGCACAGGCUUUAUUUGAUCUUGAGAAUACCAAUCAGGAGCUAAAAAGUGACUUGAAAGAUCUUUACAUAAACUCAGCAGUUCAGAUGGAUAUUUCUGGAAGUCGCAAGGCUGUUGUCAUCUAUGUUCCAUAUAGAUUGAGGAAGGCUUACCGUAAGAUUCAUCUUCGCCUUGUCAGAGAACUUGAGAAGAAAUUCAGCGGAAAGGAUGUUGUCCUGCUUGCCACCCGCAGGAUCCUGCAGCCCCCCAAGAAGGGCUCUGCUGUUCAACGACCACGCUCCCGUACAUUGACUGCCGUCCAUGAUGCCAUGCUUGAGGAUGUUGUAUAUCCUGCUGAGAUUGUUGGUAAACGCAUCAGAUACCGCAUAGAUGGUACAAAGAUAAUCAAGAUUUACUUGGAUCCCAAGGAGAGGAACAACACCGAGUACAAGCUGGAGACAUUUACUGGAGUUUACAGGAAGCUUACUGGGAAAGAUGUAGUUUUUGAAUAUCCAAUUACAGAGGCCUAAAGGGUAUGGCCACGGUUAUUUCGUUGAAUAGAUGACUAUUCCAAAUUUUGGCUAUUAAAAUUCUGUUUGAUGUUUCUUUACAUGGAUGAAUCUGAACUUUAUGGGAAGGUUCUCUUUAUUUAUGUGCAUUUUCUGUAUCCAUCAAAAUUUUUGGGUUUUAGAACUAUAUGCUUCUUCAAGAACUAAAAUGUUGUUUGCUUAUA